ACUUCUAACGACGUCUAUUCCGAAUCUUCUCACGCGUCCAUCAUGUCUUCUCUCUCUUGUCAUUCACGGCGUUGCUGUGCUACUUCACCAUGGCGCGCCGUAUAUCCAUCGAUACCAUGGGCCUGAUGUCCCCACGAAGCGGCGCGGCUUUUAGUACAGGGAAGAGAAGGAGACCUUGGUAUUACUCGAGGCCAAGGCUACUGACGACUUGUCUGUUCUUUGGUGUGCUGUGGAUGUGGUUCAACUUUGGGGGACAUGAGGUUCUGAUUCCAGAGGACUCGUUUGAAUACUUGAAGGAUGAGAGCUUGAGCGAUAUUCUGAAUACCACUCUUGGAUUCCAAAAAAUCCUCGUUCUCAAUCUCCCCUUCCGCACCGACCGUCGCGAUGCCAUGUCUCUUUCCGCAGCCGUCUCCAAUAUCAAGCUCGAGUUUGUGGAUGGCGUGACAGGAGAAAGCAUCAAGAAAAGCGCUUAUCCACCCCCAGAGGAAAACACCAAGCUAUUAUCAGGUAUUCGGGGAAGCUGGAGGACUCAUAUGAAUGCCCUGCAAAGGGUAGUUGAACAGAAUCUAACCACAGCAUUCAUUCUCGAGGAUGAUGUAGACUGGGAUAUUCGCGUACGCCAAAAUCUCCAACGGUUCGCUCUCGCCUCGCGCGUUUUGUCUCAAAACAACGACAUACUCUCGGCACCAAACCUAAAAAGUCAGAUUGAACACCGACAGAAUCCCGAAACCGAAGACACGGCAUUCAAGAUCAUCGACACAAAUAACCUACCAAAACAACUCCCUUCCCUAUCCCUAUCUAAGGCAUCAAAGAAUCCGCAUCUCCGCAACCUAAAGCACAACCCCUCAGGAGCAACAUCACCAUACGGAGACCCCUCAUCAUGGGACAUCCUCUGGCUCGGCCACUGCGGCGCCGGCAUGCCUCGCUCUCCCCAUGCCCCAUCCUCCAAACACGCUCGACCAUCCACAACAGCAGCAAACCUCCUCCUCACACACCCCAACGACCCCACCGUCCCCAUACCCAAACAUCUCAAAGCGCACCCCUUCCAAGGCGGCCCGGACCCCCUCGCAACCGCCUACCCACCCCACACACGCAUCUACCACCGCUCUACAGGCGGCGAGCUCUGCACCGUAGGCUACGCCGUGACCCAGCGGGGCGCGCGCCGCCUACUGCACCAAUUCGGCCUCGCAGGGUGGAACGGCAUCUUUGAUUCUGAGCUGGGACGCUGGUGCGCGGGCUUCGAUCCAGACAUGGGCGCCCAGUUUCCACCUACCAAGCUGGCCCCUGAGACAGAGAGAAAGGGGAGGAAGGAACGCGUUUGCGUCACGAGCCAGCCGCCUAUUUUUGCCCACCAUCAUCCGUUGCAGGGGGAGAGUGAUAUUGGGGGGUUGGGAGGGGGGUAUGCAAGGGCGUAUGAGACCAAGUAUCUGAGGUAUAGUGUUAGGAUGAAUCUGGAGAGGUUGGUGCAGGGGCGUGUAGGAGAGAGAGAGUUGGUGGAUCAGUGGCCUGAUGUCGAGGAGAAUGAAGUGUGAAUUAUAGUUGAGAGUUGAAAGAAAAGUGGAGAAACUCCAUGUCAGAUUCACAUUUGAAGUAAUAGAGUGUUUAUUCAAAGUACUUCUCUCGCUGUGCUGGGUAUACGCAACGGCCCCGUUCUUCCUACGGACCCAAGUCUCAACUACAUCUCCACGCCCUCUAUUCAACAUUCCCUCUCACCUUACUCCAAAGCCACGCGCUACAAAUGACUUCAAGCGCCUACCUCUCUCCUACCUAAAAAUAUGAUUAAGAAUCGAAGCCGAUCCAGCAGAAGGUAUAUCGCAGAAACACUAAACACAACAAGUCAUCCGUCCUUCAUCCUCCCAUAUACCCAAGAUUGAG